AAUCUCGUUUCCUUCUCCGAGUUCCCCAGCGGCCCCCAGCAACGCAGAGCACGACCCUCAGCCUUGCGACACAAUCAUGCACAUGCACGCAGAGGUCGCGGCCUGGCUUUCCUACCCGCUGCAACUGCAUUCGAGUCGUGCGUUCGAUUGCGAUGGCUUCACGCCGGAGCAGUGUGAAUACUACCAGGAAAAGUGGCAUUUCUGGUACCAAGCCGAUCACGUAUUCGCCUUGCCGACCGUCGCUUUCUUCAUGUGUAGCAUCGGGAUUUUCAUCAUUGGCCACUUCCUCACACAACUCUCCGUACUACGCAAGAAACGAGAUUCGUCUUCACUAUGGCGAAAGACGAUUGCUGCAACUCGAUAUCUUGCCUACCGCGGCUUCCACAUCGAACGCCUGAGAUGGAACUCGGCACCCAUUGGGUUGUUGCUUCUGGCAGCAAUUGGAGUCGUCUACUUCUUUUGCAUGGAUCUCGUCCCGCAGCCGUACUACUGGCCCAGUCUCUCCUACGGCCACUCACCGCCGCUAGCAACUAGAUCCGGAUGGUUGGCUCUGGCAUGCAUGCCGUUCGUCUUUGCAACCUCGACCAAGACCAACUGGAUCACCCUGCUGACCGGCGUACCACACGAAAAGCUCCAAUUCUUCCAUCGAUGGAUCGCGUAUGCCUUCUUCAUCCUGUCGCUGCUGCACACCUUCCCUUUCAUCGUGUACUCGAUCCGCUUCCACAUCAUGGUGGAACAAUUCACCCAGGGCGCUCUUGUGUUCUACUGGACAGGCAUUGUCGCCAUCAUCUGCCAAGCUUGGCUCACCUUUGCAUCCCACAGCUCGAUUCGCAAGCUUCUCGGCUACGAGUUCUUCAAAGCUUCGCAUUUGCUCGUAGUGGUCGUAUUCAUCGUUACUCUAUUCUGGCAUUGCGGUGCCACGUUGACAUCAUGGGACUACUUCAUCGCCACCGCAGCAGUGUAUGUGCCGUGUUUCGUCUUCGCCUGGGUGCGCACCAUCUUCGAACACGGCACCAACCAGAAGGCACGAAUCUACGUCGAAGACAACGGCCUCACUCGCAUCGAGGUCCCCGCCAAGUUCGACUGGGCUCUCGGGCAGCACUGCUUCCUGCGCUUCACAAGUUUCGGCAUUCACGCCUUCUCAUCCCACCCCUUCACCAUCUGCUCCUUGCCGGAAUUUGACGGACAGUCGACUGCGACCUUCUAUAUCCGUCACCAGCGCGGUUUCACUGCACGCCUUUACAACUAUGCUUUAUCGAGGCCGGGGGUCUCUGUUCCGGUGCUAGUGGACGGGCCGUAUGGCGGUCUUGAUAUGAGCAAAUUCGACGGCAGCGAUCGACUUGUGGUGAUUGCCGGUGGUUCUGGAGCAGGCUGGUCCUUGUCCUUCAUCGAAGAGUUUGCUCGGCGUAGUCUGCCAUGGAUGCAGCGAGAUGCACCUCUGGAAACCAUCUCCUCAGAAGAGAGCAAGCCUGCCCUCGAGAAAGGCACCAACGACUCAAGUUUGGCCAGAUCUCAGUCAAUGAGAGUGAUACUGGCUACCAGGGAUACCUCUACCCGUGUCUGGUAUCACAAUGCCAUCAACGAGCUGCUGCGAAAGUACUCACUCGACACCUCCGCGAUCGAGAUCGACGUGCAAGUCUAUCUGACUGGCGAAGCGGAGAGGCAUUCUGAUACCCACAAUCCUUCCACAAGUCCAGACGACUCGACCGCAUCCUCUUCACUGGAAGAACUCAACAUCGAGAUGGACAACAAAGAUGCAAAGGGAGGCUCGUCGCCGGACAAAGCAGCUGGCGAAGAAUACCGCGGCCGACCGGACCUACCGCUCAUCAUUCAAGAAGAGACGGGCAAAAGCUGUGGGAACGGAGACUCCAUCGGCGUGUUUGUUUGCGGGCCCGGGACGAUGCAGCAUGAUGUGCGGAAUGCGGUGGCGAGAGCCAAUUUGGGCAUUCUCAAGGGCUCGAGCUCGGGUGAGGUUUACUUGCAUACCGAGAGUUUCGAUUGGGCGUGAGGCGUGGACAUGGGGGAGUUUGAGAGAGAUAGAUAGAUUCUGAUGAUGACAUUGCUGAGCUUUUUGAACAAUUUGCUCAAUGCGAGCGAGUAUCACCAAACUUGCAUCAUGAAAGUCAGGCGUGCACUCCUUACAUUGUCCCAAGGUUUCCAUUCAAUGCACU